GCCGGUUCUUUUAAUCCAAAACUCAGUCCUCCUUAUUUCGUUUCGGGUCACUCAAAUCUCUCCGAUUCCGAUCAACUUUCACCAGAAGAUCGAAAUCGAGAAUCAAUGGAUUCCAUGCGUAAAAGUAAUGCACAAGAACAAGUUUCAUCUGCGUCUUCAUCAUCAUCAGAUUGGAAGGAACGGUUUCUUCUUCCGACUCUCUUAGCUGGGGUGGCUGGUGGAGGAGCUGGUUUGGUAUCAAAGCACCGGAAAGUUCAUGGCUUAGCAAACAUUUGUGCGACUUAUGCAACGAAUUUUGCUAUCGUCACUGCAUGUUAUUGCGGUGCUCGUGAGUUCGUAAGAGCAAGUAGAACAGGAAAGCCUGAUGAUCUGCUGAACUCAGCUAUUGGAGGUUUUGGUAGUGGUGCUAUACUUGGACGUCUGCAAGGUGGUCAACUUGGUGCUGUUCGUUAUUCUGUCAUGUUUGCAGUUGUGGGAACAACCGUUGAUUAUGCUACUAUAAGAGUAAAACCAGCCUUGAGAAGCUACUACGACUCUCUGGUCAAUAAGAAGGAUGAUUGGCUAAAACUUCCUGAAUGGUCGCCUAUCCAAGUGCUUGACGAGGAAGCUCUUGCUGCAAAGCGUGCUCGGGAAGAGGAGCUAUACAGAAGUGUCCACAAUCUGAAGAAGGAAUCAUGAUGGAGAAACAAAUCAGCAUAUUACUUCCAAUUCGAUAUCCUUUCUUUUGAUUGAGACACUUUAGUGCAGUUGCCGCACAGAUCGUAGAAACAGAAAAUGGCAAAGCAUUUGAUGGGUGUUCAAUGUUUUUCCGAGCUUACAACACAAGUUGUGUUACACUGAAGGAAAGUACAAAUCUGGAAUAAAUAUUUGCUAUGUUAUGGCAAAAUAAAUUGAAAGAAAGCUUUUAAGGCAUGAAAAAUCAUUGUUAUAAGAGAAAUAAUGCAUGCAUAUUGUUUAGGGGAC